AUGAGACGCAGUAGUCUGACCAGAGACACUCCAGCACGCAGGCCCUCCCUCCGCGGCACUGCUGCUUCCAACAACAAGCAGAAGCCAGCAACAUGGCCGACCUAGGAAAGAAGUACUGCGUAAACUGCCUUGCAGACGUUACGAAUCUGCGGCUUCGCUGUACUGACUGUCCAGAUAUCGAACUUUGUCCGGAGUGCUUCUCCGCGGGUGCAGAAAUCGGUAAUCACCGGCGAUGGCACGGUUAUCAGCAAGUCGACGGCGGGCGCUUCACCCUCUGGGGUCCCGAAGCGGAGGGAGGAUGGACUAGCAGGGAAGAGCAGUCGCUCCUCGACGCGAUCGAGCAAUAUGGCUUUGGAAACUGGGAGGACAUGGCCACUCAUGUAGGGGCAUCUCGGACCCCCCAGGAUGUCAUGGACCACUACGUCGGCAUGUACAUCCAUGGCAACCUGGGAAAGGCCUGCGUCCCCGACAGCAUCCCCAACCGGGUGACGGAUCACACCUGCCCCAGCGGCGGCCCCCUGUCCCCCAGCCUCACCACCCCCCUGCCUCCCCUGGACGUGACCCUGGGCGAGCAGCAACAGCUGGGCUACAUGCCACUCCGCGACGACUAUGAGAUGGAGUACGACCAGGAGGCGGAGAAGCUCAUCAGUGGCCUGUCGGUCAACUACGACGAUGAAGACGUGGAGAUCGAGAUGAAGCGCGCGCACGUGGACAUGUACGUGCGCAAGCUUCGUGAGCGCCAGCGCCGCAAAAAUGUGGCCCGCGACUACAACCUGGUGCCCGUCUUCCUAGGCCGCGACAAGAAGGAGAAGCAAAGCACGCUGGGAGUUGUAGGUGGUGGUGGUGGCGUCGUCGUCGGAGCGGUGGGGAGCCUUCCGACGCCAACCACUCCCGCGGUGACGCCGGGAGCUCCAGCCGUCCCGACGGUGCCGAAGCGUAAGAUCCCCAAGGAGGAGAAGGAGCAGCGGAUGAAGUUACGGGGGAUGUGCCAGUUCAUGGCUCAGCGGGAGUUUGAGGACUUGUUCCACAACAUGCACAAGGAGCGCGUGCUGCGCGCCAAAGUACGGGAGCUGCAGCGCUACCGCCGCAACGGCAUCGCGCGACUGGACGAGGCGGCCGAGUACGAGGCGGCGAGGCACAAACGGGAGAAACGCAAGGAGAACAAGAGCGUAGCUACCUCGAAAACGGGCCGGGGCGGAGGGCUCGGCACAGGAGGAGGGCUUGGCGGAGGGACAGGAGGUGGCGGAGUCAUCAAAGAGGAGGGCAAGGAUGGCGAGUUCCCGGCCAUAGAGAACCUGGCGGGCUUCGAGCUGCUGUCAGACCGGGAGAAGGUGCUGUGCAAUUCACUUAACCUCAGCCCCACGCGCUACCUGACUGUCAAGACAAUCAUCAUCAAGGACCACCUGCAGAAGAGCCAGGGCAUUCCCUCCAAGAGCCGGCUGCCCAGCUACCUAGACAAGGUGCUCAAGAAACGCAUCCUCAGCUUCCUCACAGAGAGCGGCUGGAUAUCCCGGGACGCAUCCUAACAAUCCAUUGGGUUUGUAGGGAUUGGGACGCAUCCUAACAAUCCAUUGAGUUUGUAGGGUCUGGGACAGGUCCUAACAAUCCAUUGAGUUUGUAGGGUCUGGGACACAUCCCAACAAUCCAUUGGGUUUGUAGGGUCUGGGACACGUCCUAACAAUGUGUAUGGAGUUUGUGGGGACUAAGGAUUGCAGAGGGACAAUGACUCUUGUUCUCUGUUGGAUUGUUGCGUCUCUGUGUCUUGUUAUAAACAAUGUGAGAUGUGUCGUAAACUCCAGAUUGGACCAAGCUGAAUUUUACCACCUUUUGUCAAGUUCUGACCCAAGUCGUCGACCACCGGACUGUUUGUGAAGAUGUACAUUGCAAAAUAUUUCCUCUUUCUUAAAAAAAAGUUUGGAUACCAUUUACUGGAGAACGUGGAACAAAUAUAUAUUUUUGUAUUUGCAUCCAUAUGAAUGAUAAUGUAUGGGUAGAUGAUACAUUCUCUUUAUUGCAGUGAAGGAUCACCUAAUACUACUGGGCAAACCAGACAACACUGUUUUUCAAAGCGGUUCUCAAAGUAUAAAUAGUUGUGUAGAUUGUCUCCAGCUUCCUGUUAGUAUGGUCCCAGAUCAGUUGGUGCCAUCUUGCCGACUCCUAUGGUCAUUGGCAAGACGAUACAAACAGAUCUGGGACCAGGCUAGCUUCCUUUUAGGUUAGGAUGUUGUCUUGGAGAGCACAGGUUAGUGCCUAUUCAAACAGCAAUACAGCCGCACUGUGUUGGAAAGCAGGGGUUAUCAUCAUCAUUCUUACCAUGAAGAGAUGGCCUGCUAAGCAUAGAGGGGUCAGUAUUUGGCAGCUAACGCUUUCAUAAAGCACUGCGGUAAUCCCCAUUAUGACGCUGUAGCUUUGUGGUGUUGUCAGGCUCAGAAUGUGGCACUGUGAGGGGAGUAGAUAAGCCUAACUCCUCCAUACUAUGCUGUUCCACACGUUGCACGUUUUCUGAUUCUAGUAGGCGAUUCACUCUACUCGACUUCUAAAGAAAAUAAAAAGCUUUAAAUAUCGGCAUUAACCAAUGACAUGCGAUCCUAAAGCACAAAUCAAAAAUGUUGCAUAUCUAUUUUUUUUCACCACCGGUUAAGUUUGCCUGUUUGGUGUGUCGUCCUGCCAGACUAGUUUUAGCCUCUUCAUGAAUAUGUGCUGCAUGAUUAUUGUAUUGUGACUCGUUGCUCGCUGUUUAGUUUGCUACUGUUCCAUCUAUUCAAAGGGAGUUAAAUCAUCGUUAAAAUUUUAAAAAAUAAAAUAAAUGAUUUACCUGCUACAUUUGCUCCAUCUAUCUUCCUGGUUCAUUGUUUUACAGUCACAUCGUUCAAUUAAGGCUAGUGCAGUGAUUCUCAAAGUAGGGGUUGUGAAACCAAAUGGGGAAAGUACCUUUUGUUGUUGUUGAUUAGAACCACUGGGUUAGUGUUCACAUAUGGCCUUGCAAGAACACUAUCAAAGGGCAGAAAUAUUCUGGUAGAAGAGAAAAUGGACGACUGCCACAGUUGGUUUUAGACCUGGUUUUCCAUUAUGUGAAAUGUGUUUGUUCCAAGCACGGGUGCUUUAAAAUGUCCCGUGGCACCUUCUCCCUCCGAUGUCCAGUUAGCCUGUUUAAAACGGAGGUGAACUUCAGCAGAGAUGUGGGUGGGUUGUAUAGAAACAGUAUUACAUUAGACACUGUGAAAUAAUGUUGUGACUGCAUUCGUAUAGGCCUUAAUAUGAGCAUUCCAUCAUUGUACAUUUACCAUACCACAGAGGAAAUAAAUGCUAUAUUAUUCUUCCCCAUAAGCCUCUGAGUAUCCAGACACUGACAAGGCCCCUUGGUUCUCCCAUCAUCUACUUGAAGAUUUUUUAUUUUUGUCCCAACAACUGGCGUAGUUCACAAUCAAACACUACAUAUCUCCUUAUCUGGUUUAAGGCGAAAACAACUGUUCAAGGGUGUUAGUAUGUUCUGUAUUAAAAAUGAAAAUCCUUUAUACUG